AUGGGAAAAACGAGUAAAGUGAAAAAGACGAAAGCUGGAACAUCAACUGGAAAUGUUCAAUCCCUUCCGUUCAACACCGACAAAGGACAGCACAUUCUCAAGAAUCCGGGUGUUGUGAAUGCGAUCGUCGAGAAAUCCGCAUUGAAAUCCACAGAUACCGUACUCGAAGUCGGUCCUGGAACCGGAAAUUUGACGGUGAAAAUGUUGGAAGUGGCGAAGACAGUAAUCGCGUGCGAAAUCGAUCCGAGAAUGAUUGCCGAGGUCAAGAAAAGAGUUAUGGGAACACCACUCCAAUCGAAGCUUCAAGUCAAUGGAGGAGACGUUAUGAAGCAGGAAUGGCCAUUCUUUGAUGUCUGCGUUGCGAAUCUUCCCUAUCAGAUUUCAUCCCCGUUUGUACAGAAAUUGUUGCUUCAUCGGCCACUUCCGAGAUACGCGGUGCUCAUGUUCCAAAAAGAGUUCGCCGAUCGUCUGGUAGCCCGUCCCGGUGACAAAGACUACAGUAGACUGUCAGUGAACGUUCAACUACUCGCCAAAGUGGAAAUGUUGAUGAAAGUGAAACGAACCGAAUUCCGUCCGCCACCGAAAGUCGACUCGGCCGUCGUCAGAAUCGCUCCCAAGAAUCCACCGCCACCAGUGAAUUUCGUCGAGUGGGAAGGACUCCUUCGUUUGUGUUUUAUGCGAAAAAAUAAGACACUUCUCGCCAUUUUCCGUCUAUCGAAUGUGAUUGAAGUCAUUGAGGAUAACUAUCGAAAAGUGUUCAGUAUGAAGAAUCAGCCAAUCCCGAAAGAUCUCAACAUGAAAAAGAUCAUCGAGGAGACACUGACAGCAUCCGGAUACGCAGAGAAUCGUGCACGAAAGAUGAGAGUUGAAGACUUCUUGGCACUUCUUCUCGCAUUCAACAAGGCUGAUAUCCACUUUUUGUCUUAA